AAAUUGGAACCCACACAAAUAUACAUUUAUACAUAAUUAAUUUUUGAGUGCUGAUAAACAUUUGACAAAGUCGUCGUCCGCAAAUUCGUCGACAAAUGUUGACAUAAAGCUUCUUUUCUUUUUUUUCUAAUAUUUUGUCAAAAGUGCUAAAAAGUGCCACCAAACCAAGAAGAGAUUAAUAUUGGGGGUAUAGAUUGUGUAAAGAGAAGGGAAAGCAUAUAGAGAAAGAGAAGUGUGCUAUACAAUCGAUGGCAUUGUCGGCAAAAGGAGAACGGGGAACGUAAAUUAUAAAUAUUUAUAUGUGGAUUAGAAUAUUUGAGAAAUCAAAUAAAAAUAAAUCAACAUAAUUGAGUUUAUUUAAUUGUGUUUUUUUUUCUUAAAUAUGUAAGUUAUUAGGAGAAGUAAAGCGAAACAGCACGAAAGUGGUGAAAAGUGUUUAAAAGUGCCACAAAAUUACCACUCAGCAAACAGUCAGACUGAUAAGCUCUGCAACCAAAAACAAACAACUGACAAGUGGUCAAAGAUAACGCCAAAAUGAGUCCGAGGCCCGUGGGCAUUGGAUUCGAAUGCGGCCGCAAACCACCCAUAAACGCCAGGAUGCGUUUCCGGUGGCGGCCACCAUCAUCAGAACAACCAACACUACCACCAUCAGCAUCAGCCACAUCAAAAACUAUGACAACAUCAACGACAGCAGCAACAACUGCAAAAAAAGAGACAAUAAUAGCAUUCAGACGACAGCAAAUUCAUCAACAUAGACACCACAAAUAUUGGAGCAUUCCUAGCUCUCUAGUGAGCACUCUCGCCGUCCUUCUACUGACCAUUGUGGCCCUAAAUAAUCUGGAUAGCUUCAUAGCCCCAGCGACAGCAUCACUGAGCGGAGAGUCACGCCUACGACGAAGUCCAUCAGAUGCGCAACUAGGUGAUGGCGCUAGCAGCAGCUCGAUAGCUGCCUCUAAUGUGCCGUGCCCACCAGAAAUGUUUCGCUGCAACAACGGCAAAUGUAUAACGUCGCAUUGGGUGUGCAAUUACCAGAAGGACUGCGACGAUGGCGAGGAUGAGAUGCAGUCCUGUCCACCUCCCGAGUGUGAGACGCCUCAGCUCAAUUGCGGCCAAUAUGUCUUCAAUAAAACGUACUGCAUACCACCGCACUAUCGUUGCGACAUGAUUGAGGACUGCGAGGACAAGUCGGACGAGUCGCAGUGUACUUAUCGCAAAUGCCAGCACACGGAUGUCUUCUGCAAUUCUGCUGGUGGGGCAGUACCCGCCGAGGGUAGCCGUUUAACUGGUCCUUGUGUACCUAAAGAGAAACGAUGUGAUGGCUACUUGGAUUGCCGUAAUGGACGCGAUGAGGAUGGCUGCAAUGGCGUUGCCUGUCGUUUGGACCAAUUCCGCUGCGCCAACAGACAAAAAUGUAUUGAUGUGGCGCUAAAGUGUAACCAUCGCAAUGACUGUGGAGACAACUCAGACGAGCAGGGCUGCAAUUUCCCACCUUGCCAUCAUGCGCAGUUCCGUUGCACAAACGCGCUGUGUAUUCCAUAUAACUUCCACUGCGACGGAUAUCAUGAUUGUGCCGAUGAAAGCGACGAAGCCAACUGCACGGCAAUCGCUUGUCCGGAUAACAAGUUUCUGUGUCCACGUGGCGGCGUCAAUGGUGCACCCAAGUGUAUUCUUAAAUCGCAACUUUGCGACGGAAAGCGCGACUGUGAAGACGGCAGUGAUGAGGAGACAGCUUGCUCAAUUGCCUCUUGUCCAGCAUUGAGCUGUGAGUUCAAGUGCGGUCCAUCACUGACUGGAGGAGUCUGCUAUUGUCGCACGGGUCAAAGUCUUGCACCAGACAAUCGCACAUGCGUUGAUCUAAAUGAGUGUGCCGAAUGGGGCCAUUGCGACCAACUCUGUACAAACACUCCCGGCAGCUAUACUUGUCAGUGCUCCCAAGGCUAUUCACUGAUCAACGAAUCCAAGUGUGUUGCUCCCGAUGCCAACAAUUUACAGUUGAUCUUUGCUCACGAUCGCGCUAUUAUGCGCAUGUUCGCCCAUGGUAGCGAACCUAAGGUGCUUGCUAAUGCCACUGCCGCCGCAGGCGUUGCCUUUCAUUAUGCUCGCAACACACUCUACUGGUCUGAUGUCAAGACACGCAAAGUGCAGUCCUUACCCUUAGAUGUCAUGAACAGUGCUGUGGCGCCAUUAGAUCAAACAUUGCCAGGAACUUGGGCACCUGUGGCUCUGGCUGUCGAUUGGGUGGGCGAUAAAAUCUAUGUGGCGGAUUUAGUGGGCCAAAAGAUCGACGUUUUUGAACUUAGCGGACACUGGCAUGCUGUAGUACUGGGUUCUAACCUCACCAGCCCCGCCGAUUUGGCGCUUGAUCCCACUGCUGGACUCAUGUUCGUUGCUGACGGUGGUCAGGUUCUGCGUGCCCAUAUGGAUGGCACACAUGCCAUUUCCAUUGUAUCUGAAGCAGCAUACAAAGCUAGCGGUGUAACCGUUGACAUAAUUGCCAAGCGCGUUUUUUGGUGCGACUCCCUGUUGGACUACAUCGAGUCAGUGGACUACGAAGGCGCCCAAAGAGUAAUGGUAUUACGCGGCCAGCAGGUGCCAAGCCCAUCACGUUUAGCGCAUUUUGAGAAUCGUAUUUACUGGACGGACGCUACGAAGCAGGGAAUCAUGUCUGUAGAUAAGUUCGAGGGACCAACAUCCAUUCAGGUAACCUACAAGGCCAAAGAUAUUCGCGAGCCCAAAGGCAUCAUUGCCGUUCACGCUCUCAGUCAACCCCAUGUAUCGAAUCCAUGUGGCAACAACAAUGGCGGCUGCAAUCAUAUGUGCAUUGUGACGGCCGUGAAGGGUGCUCCUACAGGACUCGGUUACCGCUGUGCUUGCCACACUGGCUACCAGCUGCAGACAGACCUCAAAAACUGUAAGCUAGUGCGUGAGUUUCUCAUGUACUCGCAACAGCGCUUCAUUAAAGGCAAGGUGCUUGAACCAGUAAUAGAGGGCUUCAGCGAUGCGAUUCUGCCAGUAGUAUCUAGACGUGCCCGCUUUGUGGGUCUUGAUUUUGAUGCACGCGAUGAAUUUAUCUAUUACUCGGAUGUACUGCAAGAUGUUAUAUAUCGAGUUCAUCGCAACGGUACAGGCCGUGAGAUCGUUUUGGCCUCACAGAACGAAGGUGUGGAGGGCUUGGCAGUUGAUUGGGCUUCUAAGAACCUCUACUACAUUGACUCCCGAAAAGGCACGCUUAACGUUCUAUCCACACGUAAUGUAACCCAUCGAAGAACACUCCUUAAGAACCUUAAGCGUCCGCGUGCCAUUGUCGUGCAUCCAAACCGCGGAUAUAUCUUUUUCUCAGAAUGGGAUCGUCCCGCAAACAUUACGCGGGCCAACACGGACGGUAGUGGCCUCUUGGUAUUCCGCAAUGUGACUCUAGGCUGGCCAAAUGGUUUGUCCAUUGACUUCAAAGAGGAUCGCGUAUACUGGUGCGAUGCUUUGCUGGAUCAUGUGCAGCAUGCCAACCUAGAUGGAGCGGACAUCAAAACGGUUAACUCACGCCUUGUGCGCCAUCCCUUCUCAAUUGUCAUUCACAACGAUUGGAUGUAUAUUACGGAUUGGCGUCUAGAUGCAAUCAUUCGACUCCAUAAACUCACCGGUGAGCAAGAAGAAAUGAUGGUUCGUGAGCCACAAACAAAUCGACUUUACGGAGUCAAAGUUUAUAGUCGGGAGGUACAACGCAUUGCAGAGACACAGCCUUGUCACCUUAACAAUGGUGGUUGUCAAAAGAUAUGCUUUGCGGUCCCCAUCAGUGAGAAUGCAACGGAUUCAAUAGGCAGAGUCAGUCGCUUGCAGUCACGUUGCUCCUGUCCAUAUGGCGAGAGGCUAGCUGAAGAUCAAGUAAACUGCAUUCCCGAUCCCAGUGCAGAGCCUACCGUUCAGCCCUGUCCCAACACAUGGGACUUCACAUGCAACAAUCAGCGAUGCAUACCCAAGUCAUGGGUCUGCGACGGUGACGAUGACUGUUUGGACAACAGCGAUGAAGAACAAAAUUGUACAAAACCCACUUGCGGGUCGAACGAGUUUCAAUGUAAGUCGGGACGUUGCAUUCCCUUGAAUUUUCGUUGUGACCAGGAAAACGAUUGUGGCGACAACUCUGAUGAGCUGGAAUGUGGCAACGUAACUUGUGCAACAUCCCAAUUUGCUUGUGCUAAUGGACGCUGCAUACCGAGCAUGUGGAAGUGUGACAGUGAGAAUGACUGUGGGGAUAGCAGUGACGAAGGUGAUUUCUGUGCGGAAAAAACAUGUGCAUACUUCCAAUUUACCUGUCCAAGGACUGGUCAUUGUAUACCUCAAAGUUGGGUUUGUGACGGUGACGACGAUUGUUUUGAUAAGCAGGAUGAAAAAGACUGUCCACCAAUUAGCUGUUUAGCCAAUCAGUUUAAAUGUGCUGAUCUACGACAGUGUGUCGAAGAGUCUUAUAAGUGUGAUGGUAUACCUGAUUGUAACGACGGUAGCGAUGAGUUAGGUUGCCCUUCCAUGGGUCCUAACCAAUGCAACCCGGAGAAACACUUUCGCUGUAAAUCGACCGGAUUCUGCAUACCAAUUGCGUGGCAUUGCGAUGGCUCAAAUGACUGCUCCGACCAUUCGGACGAAGAGGAUUGCGGUCAGAUUACAUGCGCACAAAACUUCUUUAAAUGCAAUAAUACCAACUGUGUGUUUAAGGCCUAUAUCUGUGAUGGCAAAGAUGAUUGCGGAGACAAUUCUGACGAGGGUACUGAGCAUGCAUGCGUUCCACCACCAUUCAAGUGCCCCCAUGGUCAGUGGCAGUGUCCGGGAGUCACAGAGCGUUGCGUGAACAUUACAUCUGUAUGCGAUGAUACUCUCGAUUGUCCUAAUGGUGCAGACGAGGGUGAGGGCUGUGAUCUUGCAGAGUGCGAGCACCAGACUGGUCAAUGCUCCAGCUUUUGCCAGAAGACUCCGAACGGAGCACUUUGCGUAUGUCCACCGGGAUCGGAGAUUGGCGAAGAUGGAUUCACCUGCGUUGAUACCAAUGAGUGCGAUCCACCCGGACUAUGCUCGCAACAAUGUACAAAUACAAAGGGUUCCUAUUUUUGUUCCUGCACCCCAGGCUACGUAUUGGGUCCCAACAAACAUACAUGCAAAGCAGUCAACCACACGGCCGCUUUCUUAAUCAUUUCAAACCGUCAUUCUAUACUGGUUGCAGAUCUAAAAGAGCAAGGCUUGGAGCGCGUACCAAUCAUCGUAGAAAACGUGGUUGCCACCGCCUCGAACAUGCAUACGGGUACUAUUUUCUGGAGCGAUAUGAAGUUGAAGAAGAUCUCUCGGCUUGAUCAUGGAAUGGAACCACAGGAAAUCAUCACCACCGGACUAGACCUAGUCGAAGGUCUGGCCUAUGAUUGGAUUGCGCAAAAUCUCUACUGGCUUGACAGCAAACUAAACACCAUUGAAGUAUCUGCGGAGAACGGAUACAACCGUUUGGUCCUGGUGCGUGAAAACAUCACCCAACCACGUGGAAUGUGUAUUGAUCCCAGUCCUGAAGCUCGUUUUAUUUUCUGGACUGAUUGGGGUGAGAAUCCCAGAGUCGAACGCAUUGGCAUGGACGGCAGCAUGCGCAAGACUAUUAUAAAUACCAAGAUAUACUGGCCCAAUGGUCUGACCCUUGAUAUAGCCACAAAACGCGUAUAUUUCGCAGACUCUAAGCUCGACUUUAUUGAUUUCUGUUACUACAACGGCACAGGUCGCCAGCAGGUGCUGGCCAGUAGCCAUUAUCUGCUACAUCCACACUCGCUCUCUCUCUUUGAAGAUACACUCUAUUGGACAGAUCGUCAACUGAACCGUGUACUGUCCGCCAAUAAAUUCCGUGGUAAAAACCAAACGGUCGUCUCGCAUUUGAUUAGCCAGCCACUCUCCAUUCACGUACAUCAUGCUUCUUUGCAGCCAAUGUAUCCGAAUCCGUGUGCUGAGGCUCGUUGUCAGCACUUAUGUUUGCUUAGUCCCAGUGCCCCCGAAGGCUAUUCCUGUAAAUGUAAGCCCGGUUAUCGUCUACUCAGUGAGGGUCGCUGCAUUGAGGAAGAGAACCCCUAUCUAAUGGUUGUCAAAGGUACUCAGAUAGUUGAUCUUCCACUCAAUGGUGGUGACGCUCGUGCUGGUGCUUUAGCACCAGUUAUUGGCAUCGAGAGCAGCACAGGACUGGACUUUGACCGUAAAGGAGAAACUCUAUAUUGGGUACAGGGUCGCGAAGAGGACGAGGAAAACUGCACUGUUUAUACUACACCUUACGGCGGCGGUAACAAGACAAUCUUCAUUGGUGGUGAUACUGGCAUUGUAGGUGCACCCUAUACUAUAGCUUUUGACUGGUUGGGUCGCAAUCUUUACAUUGGUAAUCGGGUGGCCAGCAACAUUGAGGCAGUUCGCGUUGAUGGAAAGCAAAAAUAUCGCACAAUAAUUUUGGCAAAUGAUGGCAAAGAAACGUCAGUAUCCAAACCGAAGCAAAUUGUUCUCGAUCCCAGUGAAGGAAAAUUGUUCUGGAUAGAUGAAGGCGCUUUGGAUGUACCAAUUAAAAUUGGACGAGUCGAUAUGAAUGGACAAGAUCCGCGUGUAUUACGCAAGAACAUUUCCCAUCCCGAAAGCAUUGCAUUGGAUAUUGAGAAGAAAAUGAUAUACUUCAGUACCAGUUCCCGAGGCUCCAUCUGUUCCAUGGACUACAACGGUGAUGAAUACAUGGUAAUAAUAAACGAGCAACAGGCCAUAGCACGUCCAAGAAGCCUAGGGAUACUUGAUCACCGUCUUUAUUAUCUAGAUCCUGUUUAUGAAAAGAUCGUUCGUGUGGAUCUGCCGCGAGGUGAUAAUCCCAAAACCAUUGUGGACAACGAACACGAUCUGCGUAGCAUGAUGAUUUAUAAGAAGCGAGCUCUAAUGCAGCAUCCUUGUCAAUCAGGUAAUGGUGGAUGUACACAACUUUGCAUCCCAGGCCCCUCCGCUUCUAGGACCUGUGCAUGUGGUAUAGGAUACCGAAAGGAAAAUGAGGUCAAUUGUGUUGCUUACAAGACAUUUGCCGUCGUCUCGCAACUCGAUAUGAUACGAGGCUACAGCUUAAGCGACAGUUCCGAGGCAAUGGUGCCAAUCAGUGGACAAGGGCAUCACAUCCUACAUGUCGACGUUAUGUACCGGGAUCAAUGGAUUUACUGGGCUGAGUUCAAUCGCGGCUACUGGAAUGGCAUUUUUCGCUCCCGGCCCAACGGCACCGAUGUUCAACAUGUGGUUAAAGAUGGAAUUGGAAGCAAUGGCAUUCGCGGUCUUACUAUUGACUGGGUUGCAGGCAAUAUGUACUUCACCAACGUCUAUCCUCAUGAAAACUAUGUGGAAGUGAGCUGGUUGGACGGUAGCAAUCGAAAGGUUCUGGUUAAAACAACAAAUGACGCACCACGUGAGUUGGCUGUAAAUCCUAUCAAGCGACUUCUUUACUGGAUCGACUAUGGACAGCAUCCACGUAUUGGCAAAGCGCUGCUCGAUGGUACCAAAUGGCAGCCAUUGGUGACAUCAGGUAUCUCGCUACCACGCGAUCUCACAAUCGAUAUGCAGACACACGACGUUUUCUGGGUUGACUCUAAGCUGGACACAAUACAGAGGAUUGCAUACAACGGCGCUAACCGCAAGAUAAUUCGACGAGACCUUCCAAAUGCUAUGGGCAUAGCCAUCCAUCUAAAUGAUGUAUACUGGGUGGACCGCAACCUAAUGACAGUAUUCAAAGCCUCCAAGCAGUUCAAUAAUGACACAGAAGCGACCCGUGUACGCACAAAUCUAGAAAAGCUACGAGACAUUGUUAUCUAUGAUAUCAACAACCAGCCGGCAGACGACACAAAUCCUUGUACCCAUCUAGGAAAUGGCGGUUGUGAUCAACUUUGCUUUAGCUUCCCUGCAGACGAAUCCUCUUCCAAUAACAAGAACUAUAGGUGUGAUUGUGCCACUGGCAAGCUUGGCGCCGAUGAACGGAAGUGUGAAACGGUCAAUGAGUAUUUAGUAUUUGCAACGCGCACUGAAAUUCGCGCAGUCAAUUUAGAUCCGCACUCCACAGAGGUGCCUUUUACGCCACUGACGAACCUCACCAACGUGGUGGGUCUGGACUUUGACUUUGCUGACAAUCGCAUGUUGUAUACGCAAAUCAGGCCAUGGGCUAAGAUUGCCUAUACUCAAGCAAACAAGCCCAGCCAUAGCGAUAUUAAAGUGGUUCUUAGCAAGGGCAUCAAUCCGGAGGGUAUUGCCUACGAUUGGACGCAGAAUAAGAUAUAUUGGACUGAUAGCUCCAACAACUCAAUCUAUGCUAUGAAUCUGGCUGGUACCGAGUUAGUCAUGAUUGCCCGCGUUGAACGUCCACGUGCUAUUGUCCUAGAUCCAUGCAACGGCACUCUGUUUUUCACCGACUGGGGCCGCUUCGGUACCUCCGGCAAGAUCUUCCGCACCACAAUGGCAGGCUCACUUAAACGCGCCAUUGUGGACAAAGAACUCUCACAGCCCAGCGGACUUGCCAUUGACUACGACGAGCGUAAACUCUACUGGACGGAUGCAGUGCGUGAGAAGAUAGAACGAUCUGAUUUGGAUGGUCGCAACAGAGAGCUUUUGGUGGCCGCCACCAUUUAUCCAUUCGCGAUAACCGUGUUCCGAAACUAUAUAUAUUGGACGGAUCUUCAGCUGCGCGGUGUCUACCGGGCAGAGAAACACACGGGAGCCAAUAUGGUGGAAAUGGUAAAAAGACUUGAGGAUUCACCUCGCGAUAUACGCAUCUACAGUGCGGAUCGUCAGAAGUGUAAUGUAAAUCCAUGCUCAAUUAAUAAUGGCGGAUGUGCCCAGAGCUGUCAUCCGGCACCCAAAGGCAAAGUUGAGUGUAAGUGCGACGAUAACUCCAAGGUUGUCAACGAAGGGCGCAUGUGUGCACCGAGGAAUAACACGUGUGAGGCUAGUAAGUUCUACUGUCAGAACGGCAAAUGCAUUUCCCGUAUGUGGUCUUGUGACGGUGAUGACGAUUGUGGUGAUAAUUCGGACGAGGAUCCUAAUUACUGUGCAUAUCAUUCCUGCUCCCCUAAUGAGUUCCGCUGCAAUAACGGAAGGUGCAUAUUUAAGUCGUGGAAGUGUGAUCACGAGAACGAUUGCAAGGAUGGAUCCGAUGAGUUUGGCUGCAGCUAUCCGCCCUGUGUCGACGGCGAGUUCACUUGCGCAAAUGGACGCUGCAUUCCUCAGGCCCAAGUCUGUAAUGGCGUCAACGAUUGUAAGGAUAACGCCACAUCCGAUGAAACGCACGAACGCUGCCCCACGAAUACUACCUGUCCCGCGAAUCAUCUUAAGUGCGAGAAAACAAACAUUUGCGUGGAACCUUACUGGCUCUGCGAUGGUGACAACGAUUGUGGCGACAAUUCCGAUGAGGAUCCGCUACAUUGUGGCCAGCGUACGUGCCCUACAAACAGCUUUCGAUGCCCAAAUCAUCGCUGUAUUCCGGCAACAUGGUACUGUGACGGAGAUGACGACUGUGGUGAUGGUGCUGAUGAACCGCCAGACUACUGCAAGUCUGAGGGUCGCACCUGUUUUGGAGACCUCUUUACCUGUGAUAAUGGCAACUGCAUUCCACGUAUCUAUAUCUGUGACGGCGACAAUGAUUGUCUAGAUAACAGUGAUGAGGACAACCGACAUCAGUGCAAUGACCGCAAGUGUGAUGAGGAGACAGAGUUCACAUGUGUUGAGAACAAGUCCUGGCAGCGCGCUCAAUGCAUUCCAAAGAAAUGGAUAUGCGACGGGGAUCCAGAUUGUGUGGACGGAGCCGAUGAAAACACGACCCUACACAACUGCGCCACCCAACAGCCCUGUGGCGAGGAUAUGUUCACCUGUGGCAAUGGACGCUGCAUUAACAAGGGAUGGAUUUGUGAUCAUGACAAUGAUUGUGGCGACGGAACCGAUGAAGGAAAAUUCUGCAACUCCAAGUACAAGACCUGCUCGCCCAUGGAGUUCACCUGUCAAAAUUUCAAGUGUAUUCGUAAUCAGUAUAGAUGCGAUGGAGAAGACGACUGUGGUGAUCAUUCGGACGAGGUUGACUGCAAGAAGGAGAACCCUACAUGUCCUCAGGGACAAUUUGCCUGCACUAAUGGACAGUGCAUCGACUACAGUUUGGUGUGUAAUAAGGUUUCAGAUUGCACAGAUGAUUCGGAUGAGCCAGCCCACUGCAAUGUCGAUGAGUGCGCCAAGGUUGAGAUCAAUCAGUGUGGUCACAAGUGCGUGGACACACUCACAGGCUACUACUGUGACUGUAACGAAGGCUACAAACUUUUGGCCGAUGGCAAGGCUUGUGCAGAUGUUGAUGAAUGUUUGGAACAACCAGGUGCCUGCUCACAGCAUUGCUCCAAUACACCAGGCAGCUUCUAUUGCAAAUGCGACGAAACGUAUUAUGAACGUCAGAAUGACGAACACACCUGCAAGAGAAAAGAUAACAUUCCACCGUGGUUGAUAUUUACCAAUAAAUACUACGUACGCAAUAUGUCCGUUGACGGACACCAGUAUAAUCUCAUGCACCAGGAUCUUAUGAACGUUGUAGCUCUAGAUUUUGACAUCAAGGAGCAAUACAUGUACUUCUGCGAUGUCACAGCAAAAACCAUUUUCCGUGCCAAGUACACAAAUCCCGACGACGAUAUGCCUGCAGAACGUGAGGCUGUUAUUCGUCACGAUUCUCACGGCUUAGAGGGCAUAUCAAUUGACUGGGUGGGUCGCAAGCUAUAUUGGUUGGACAGACACUCAAAGAACUUGGAUGUCUCCGAAUUGGACGGUACCAAACGAAAGACCCUUCGCAGUGGCGUUGUAGAUCCGCGUGCUAUUGUCGUACACCCUGGUAUUGGUUUCUUGUAUUUCACAUCCUGGCAUCUACAGGCCUAUAUUGCCAAGAUGGGCAUGGACGGCUCUAAUUUUACGACCAUUCUAAACUGGAAUGAUGGAAUUGCUUGGCCCAACGCCUUGUCUAUUGACUACUUCACGGAUCGCAUAUACUGGGCCGACGCACAUUUGGACUACAUUGCCUACACUGAUCUGGAGGGUCGUCAUCGACAUAUCGUGCUGUCCGGAAACCGUGUUCCACACGUAUUUGCCCUUAGCCUAUUUGAUGAUUUCAUCUAUUGGAGUGAUUGGAAUCUAAAGGCUAUUGUACGCGCCAACAAGUUCCACGGCGCCAAUUACACGGUUCUUAGAAAUACAACACAUCGUCCGUACGAUCUGCAUAUUAAUCACCCGCUCCGGCAGCUGCCUUACAACAAUCCUUGCGGUUCGAACAAUGGUGGCUGCUCACAUCUCUGCUUGAUUGCUCCGCCUCCGGAGUCAACAUACCUGAACAUUGAAGGAUAUAUAGAGGAGGGAGCGCCCAUCUACAAAUGCGCUUGUCCCAACCAGUUUUACCUUGCCCGUGACUCAAAGACUUGCAUUGCUAACUGCACUUCGGGCCAACAUCUUUGCGGUGGAAGCGAUGAGAAGUGUAUACCAUGGUUUUGGAAGUGCGACGGAGAGAAGGAUUGCAAAGAUGGUUCUGAUGAGCCAACCACCUGUCCCCCUCGUCAUUGCCGUGCCGGUACAUUCCAAUGUAAAAACACCAACUGCACACCAUCUGCAACCAUAUGUGAUGGUGUCGACGAUUGCGGCGACGGCAGCGAUGAGCAAAACUGCGAAUUACCGUGUCCAUUGUCUGACUUCAAGUGCAAGUCUAGUGGACGCUGCAUUCUCGAUAGUUGGCGCUGUGACGGUGACGCGGACUGUAAAGACGGAAGUGACGAGGAUCCACUUGUGUGUCACAAGCGUACCUGUGAUCCAAACACCGAGUUUUCCUGCAAGAAUGGAAGGUGCAUACCACAGUUGUGGAUGUGUGACUUUGACAAUGACUGCGGCGAUGACUCCGAUGAGCCAGCUUACAUGUGCCGACAGAGAAAUUGCACAACAGGCUGGCAGCGGUGCCCUGGUCAAUCAAACUAUCGUUGCAUUCCCAAAUGGUUGUUCUGUGAUGGCAAGGACGAUUGCCGAGACAACAGCGAUGAGCUGCCAGACAACUGCCCUAAGUGCUCCCCAGAGACAGAUUUUAAAUGCGGCAACAAUCGAUGCAUUCCAAAGCAAUGGAUGUGCGACUUUGCGGAUGAUUGUGGCGAUGCAAGUGACGAAAACGAUGCCAUCUGCAAAGGCCGCUAUCGAGAGUGCUCGGAAUCAGAGUUUAGAUGCGGCAAUGGCAAGUGCAUCUCAUCACGCUGGCAGUGCGAUCACGAGGAUGAUUGUGGUGACAAUUCAGAUGAAAUGAACUGUGAGGGAUAUCAGUGCAAGAACGGCACCUUCCAAUGCGCCUCAGGCCAUUGCAUCGCCAGCUACUUCCGCUGCGAUGGUGAUCGCGAUUGUCGCGAUAUGUCCGACGAGGUGGGCUGCCCACCUCGAUUCCCAGGUGGUCGCUUUUGUCCCGAGUCUCGCUUCCAGUGCGCCAAUAACCUAUGCGUCUCUCUGUCCGAUCUUUGUGACGGCACUGAUGACUGCGGUGAUGGCAGCGAUGAGGAUCCCAAAGUCUGCAGUGACUUUAACUGUGACACAUUGCGCCGCUUCCAGUGUGCCAAUCAUCGGUGCGUUGCCCGCUACCAAAUUUGCGAUGGCAUCGACAAUUGCGGCGAUGGCAGUGACGAGAACAAUAUGACUCUUUGCGCUAGCAAACAGAAGCCCUGCGACCUUUACACUCAGUACCAAUGUGCCAACAAGCACUGCAUUGAACGAUCCCAGGUCUGUGAUUUCUCGGAUGACUGCGGCGAUGCUAGCGACGAGCUGGGCUGUCAUCAUACGAGCAGUUGCUCCGAGCAAAGCCGCGGCGGCUGCCAGCAUCAUUGCCACAAUCUUACCGAUGGAGGCUAUAUCUGUACCUGCUAUCCCGGCUACAUAAUUGCACAGGACAAUAAGAAAAAAUGCGCAGACGUCGACGAGUGUGCAACGCGACAACAUACGUGCUCUCAUCAGUGCCACAACAUAAAUGGCACAUAUUCCUGCAGCUGUCGAGAAGGAUUUCAUCUGUCCGAUAGCACCAGUGGUGUCUGCAAGGCGGAAAAGGAGGAUGUUGUACUCGUCUUUGCCAAUGGGCCAGAAAUACGAGGUCUAGAUCUGCAGAAGAAGGAAGAAUUCGAUGUAAUUGCUGCCGAAAAACGGAUUGAGGCACUAGACUACGAUGCACAGCAGCAAAUUGUGUUCUGGGCAGACAGCUAUGACAAGACUAUUAAGCGCUCCUAUAUGGUCAAUGCACUGGAUGGACAGGCAAAGAUCGGAUUUGCCCAGGAUCUUAAUAUGAAGGGUGGCUCUAAGCCCACAGCCGUUGCUGUAGACUGGUUGGCAUCGAAUCUCUAUUGGACCGAAGUGGAUCGCACGGGUUCCAAGCCUCGUGGUCGCGUAAUGGUGGCCAAAACGGAUGGUCGUUAUCGUAGAUCAAUUGUGAAUGCUGGAUUGGAAGUGCCCACUUCUAUUGCAGUCAAUCCACAGCUUGGACGAAUCUAUUGGGCCGAUGCUGGUUCCGCACCUAAAAUUGAAGUCUCUUGGAUGGAUGGCUCCAAGCGCCGCCCGCUAAUCACGGAACAAAUACGCCAUCCAGCUGGCCUGACUAUUGACUACUCGCAGGAUCACAUUAUAUACUGGGUGGACACCAAGCUCAAUGUCAUCGAGUCUAUGCGCGCCGAUGGCUCUCGACGUAAAUCCAUCGUCAAGGGCGACCAGCUGCGCCAUCCCGUCUCACUGGACCUUUUUGAGUCCAACAUGUACUGGGUGACCCGCGACACUGGCGAACUGCUGCAACAAGACAAAUUCGGACGUGGCGUUCAAGUAGUGAUACAUCGUAAUCUCGUCAAUCCGUCUGGCCUGAAGGUCUACCACGAAAAGCGAUACAACACUUCAUUGCGAAAUCCGUGCUAUGAGUCGAGCUGUUCACAUCUCUGCCUCCUAGUGCCCGGCGGUCAUCGCUGUGCCUGCCCUGAUACCUCCGGUCUAUUACCGUCACACCGUAGCACCGCAGAGGUCAUUUGUGAUGCGGCCGCUGAACGUCCGCGCCCCGCUCCACGCAUUUGUCCCUGUCAAAACAGCGGCCUUUGCAAAGAAGAUGAUCGCGGUGAACUUUAUUGCGAUUGCCUACCGGACUUUAAGGGUGAGCAUUGCGAACGCAGCACAACAGGUGCCUUUGGCCAUGGCGGUACCAAUGUUACCGCUGUUGUUGUACCUAUUAUGGUCAUACUACUGGUCAUAAUGGCCGCUGCCGGGGCGUGGUAUGUCAUCCGCAAGCGUCCAUUCGGUAAGCUGGCACGUAUGCCCGCCAUGACCUCGUCCCAGAGCGUGACGUUCCGGCACGGCUCUAAUGUGGAGUUCAGUGAGAGCGGCUUCCCAGGCGCUUCAGCACCCAACGCCAAUGAUAUAGCACCCAUUGAGGGCUAUAACCUGCAAACAGUAAAUGCAAAUAAGGCACGUGACUUUGCAAAUCCCAUGUACGAUGCUGUACAGUCGGGUACCACCGCCGACCCUGGAAUGAGCAAUGGCUCAGGCAUUUAUGAUGUGCCACAGGAACCGUCCAAGACAAAGGCCAUGAGCCAUUCUGGAUCCUUUACUGAGCCCGCUUCGGCUAUUAUCGCGCCCAGCAGCAUUACACACAAGUCAUCGCCGCAGUUGCAGCUGCGCACCCGUGAGCUGGACCCAUCUGCGGAUACCGGCAAGGACACGCAAUAUUUGGUGGAGGAGGAUAAGUCAGAAUGCUGAUAUCUAGCUUAUCAGGCAGCGGUUUCGCUUCCGCUCAGCUGUCGACGUCAGAAGCGGGCACAGAUGCGACUCAAUAGUUAUCCGCUACAUACAUAGCACAGACUUAUCCAACAGCAACAACAACACCAACAACGUCAACAACAUCAACGACAACAGGGACACAACAGCAAACACCACAAAUCUUGGCAUGCCGUCGCCAACGAAUGCACCACAAAACUAACCACAAAGGUCUAGAGAGCAGUGGUGUCCCAAAUACGAAUUUCCAAGUCCGCAUGCUAGGGAAUAAUAUUUCAUAGUGGGCUUUUGGACACCACUGGUCUGGAGUUAUACAUACAAUACAUAAAUGUAUAUAUUGUCAGGCAUACCAAAUCUGUACAACAGCAACUAUCCAACUUAUCAUAUAAAUCCAUCAACAAUGUCUUAUGAUUAA